GACCGUUGCUUGGCAGACACUGGAUGGUUAUGAGCCUGAACAAGCUGAAAAGGGGCAGGAAAAGAAGUGGAGGCAGCAUUCUUCCUAUUUAAAAGCUGCUUCGCUUGAAAAAAGUUUUCGCAGACUGUGCUAGAGCCGGUGCUGAAAAAGAGGGCUUGCAGAGUCUGCCCUGGGGCUGGUGCUGAAAGAAGAGCCCGCAGCUGACUUCAUGGUGCUACAAUAACCUUAGAAUCUGCUUUUCACUCUCAGAGGACCCACAUGUCUAAUAUUUAGACAUGAUGGCAAACUGGGUGGAAGCAAGACCUCUCCUCAUUCUUGCUGUUUUAUUAGGGCAAUUUGUCUCAAUAAAAGCCCAGGAAGAAGGCGAGGAUGAGAGUUAUGAUGAAGAAAUAGCCUGCACACAGAAUGGCCAGAUGUACUUGAACAGGGACAUUUGGAAACCUGCCCCUUGCCAGAUAUGUGUCUGUGACAAUGGAGCUAUUCUUUGUGACAAGAUACAGUGCCAAGAUGUGCUUGACUGUGCAGAUCCUAUCACUCCUCCUGGGGAAUGCUGUCCAGCCUGUCCACAUACAACUGGCAAUAGCAACACCAAUUUUGGUAGAGGAAGAAAGGGACAAAAAGGAGAACCAGGAUUAGUGCCUGUUGUAACAGGCAUACGUGGUCGUCCAGGACCAGCAGGACCUCCAGGGUCACAAGGACCAAGAGGAGAGCGAGGCCCAAAAGGAAGACCUGGUCCCCGUGGUCCUCAGGGUAUUGAUGGAGAACCAGGUAUUCCUGGUCAACCUGGUGCCCCAGGCCCUCCUGGACAUCCAUCCCACCCAGGACCUGAUGGCAUGAGCAGGCCAUUUUCAGCUCAGAUGGCUGGUUUGGAUGAAAAAUCUGGACUCGGGAGUCAAAUGGGAAUGAUGCCUGGCUCUGUGGGUCCUGUUGGCCCAAGAGGACCACAAGGAUUACAAGGGAAGCAAGGUGGUACUGGCCCCACAGGACCUCCUGGUGAACCUGGUGAUCCUGGACAAAUGGGCCCAAUUGGUACACGUGGACCAGAGGGCCCUCCUGGGAAACCUGGUGAAGAUGGUGAAGCUGGUAGAAAUGGAAAUCCUGGUGAAGUGGGAUUUUCAGGAUCUCCAGGAUCUCGAGGCUUUCCUGGGGCUCCUGGUCUUCCAGGCCUGAAGGGUCACCGAGGACACAAAGGUCUUGAAGGCCCUAAAGGUGAAGUUGGAGCACCUGGUUCCAAGGGUGAAGCUGGCCCAACUGGUCCAUUGGGUGCUAUGGGUCCUCUGGGUCCGAGAGGAAUGCCAGGAGAGAGAGGGCGACUUGGGCCACAAGGUGCUCCAGGGCAACGAGGUGCUCAUGGAAUGCCUGGAAAACCAGGGCCAAUGGGUCCUCUUGGGAUACCUGGAUCUUCUGGUUUUCCAGGAAAUCCCGGAAUGAAGGGCGAAGCCGGUCCCACUGGGGCACGAGGCCCAGAAGGUCCUCAGGGACAGAGAGGUGAAACUGGACCACCAGGUCCAGUUGGCUCGCAAGGUCUUCCUGGUGCAGUGGGAACUGAUGGUACUCCUGGUGCCAAAGGCCCAACGGGCUCUCUGGGUACCUCUGGUCCUCCCGGGUCAGCGGGCCCUCCUGGAUCUCCAGGACCUCAAGGUAGCACUGGAACUCCAGGAAUUCGAGGCCAGCCGGGUGAUCCAGGAUUUCCAGGUUUUAAAGGAGAAGCAGGACCAAAAGGGGAACCAGGGCCACAUGGUAUUCAGGGUCCAAUUGGCCCACCUGGUGAAGAAGGCAAAAGAGGUCCCCGAGGUGAUCCAGGAACAGUUGGUCCUCCAGGCCCAGUGGGAGAAAGGGGUGCUCCUGGAAAUCGUGGUUUUCCAGGCUCUGAUGGUUUACCUGGACCAAAGGGGGCUCAAGGAGAGAGGGGGCCUGUAGGGUCUUCGGGACCUAAAGGAGGUCAGGGGGAUCCAGGACGUCCAGGUGAACCUGGGCUGCCAGGUGCUCGGGGUCUGACAGGAAAUCCUGGUGUUCAAGGUCCUGAAGGAAAACUUGGACCUUUGGGUGCUCCAGGGGAGGACGGGCGUCCAGGUCCUCCAGGCUCCAUAGGAAUCAGAGGGCAGCCUGGGAGUAUGGGUCUGCCAGGCCCCAAAGGUAGCAGUGGUGACCUUGGAAAACCUGGAGAAGCAGGAAAUGCUGGUGUUCCAGGGCAGAGGGGAGCUCCUGGAAAAGAUGGUGAAGUUGGUCCUUCUGGUCCUGUGGGUCCCCCGGGUCUAGCUGGGGAAAGAGGAGAACAAGGACCUCCUGGCCCCACUGGCUUUCAGGGACUUCCUGGUCCCCCAGGACCUCCUGGGGAAGGUGGGAAGCCAGGAGAUCAGGGUGUUCCUGGAGAUCCUGGAGCAGUUGGCCCAUUAGGACCUAGAGGAGAACGUGGAAACCCUGGGGAAAGAGGGGAACCAGGAAUAACCGGACUCCCUGGUGAGAAAGGAAUGGCUGGGGGCCAUGGUCCUGAUGGUCCAAAAGGAAGUCCAGGCCCAACUGGGACUCCUGGAGAUACAGGCCCACCAGGUCUUCAAGGUAUGCCUGGAGAAAGAGGAAUUGCAGGAACUCCCGGCCCCAAGGGUGACAGAGGAGGCAUGGGCGAGAAAGGUGCGGAAGGCACAGCUGGGAACGAUGGAGCAAGAGGUCUCCCUGGCCCCUUGGGCCCUCCAGGUCCUGCAGGUCCCACUGGAGAAAAGGGUGAACCUGGUCCUCGAGGUUUAGUUGGUCCUCCUGGUUCCCGUGGCAAUCCUGGUUCUCGUGGUGAAAAUGGCCCAACAGGGGCUGUUGGUUUUGCUGGACCCCAGGGUCCUGAUGGGCAGCCUGGUGUGAAAGGUGAACCUGGAGAGCCAGGACAAAAGGGAGAUGCUGGUUCUCCUGGACCACAAGGUCUGGCAGGAUCCCCUGGUCCUCACGGUCCUAAUGGUGUACCUGGACUAAAGGGUGGUCGAGGAACUCAGGGUCCACCUGGUGCUACAGGAUUUCCUGGUUCUGCCGGUAGAGUUGGACCUCCAGGACCUACUGGAGCUCUAGGACCAGCAGGAGCCUUAGGGGAUCCUGGGAAGGAGGGACCUCCAGGUCUUCGUGGGGACCCCGGCUCUCAUGGGCGAGUGGGAGAUCGAGGACCAGCUGGACCUCCUGGUGGACCAGGAGACAAAGGGGACCCAGGAGAAGAUGGGCAGCCUGGUCCAGACGGUCCCCCUGGUCCAGCUGGAACUACGGGGCAAAGAGGAAUUGUUGGCAUGCCUGGGCAACGUGGAGAGCGAGGCAUGCCUGGCCUUCCAGGCCCAGCGGGCACACCAGGAAAAGUAGGACCAACUGGUGGGCCAGGAGAUAAAGGUCCACCAGGACCUGUGGGACCCCCAGGCUCAAACGGUCCUGUAGGGGAACCUGGACCUGAAGGUCCUGCUGGUAAUGAUGGAACUCCAGGACGGGACGGUGCUGCUGGAGAACGUGGUGAUCGUGGAGACCCUGGGCCUGCAGGUCUGCCUGGAUCUCAGGGUGCUCCUGGAACCCCUGGCCCUGUUGGUGCUCCUGGAGACGCAGGGCAGAGAGGAGAUCCGGGUUCUCGAGGACCUAUAGGACCACCUGGUCGAGCUGGAAAGCGUGGCUUACCUGGACCCCAAGGACCUCGUGGUGACAAAGGUGAUCAUGGAGAUCGAGGUGACCGAGGCCAGAAGGGUCACAGAGGUUUCACUGGCCUUCAAGGUCUUCCUGGACCACCUGGUCCAAAUGGUGAACAAGGCAGUGUGGGAAUCCCUGGACCUUUUGGUCCAAGAGGUCCCCCAGGCCCAGUUGGUCCUUUAGGGAAAGAAGGAAAUCCUGGGCCACUCGGGCCAAUUGGACCUCCAGGUGUGCGGGGCAGUGUAGGAGAAGCAGGGCCUGAGGGUCCUCCUGGUGAGCCUGGUCCUCCUGGCCCUCCAGGUCCCCCCGGCCACCUGACGGCUGCCCUUGGUGAUAUUAUGGGGCAUUAUGAUGAGAACAUGCCAGAUCCACUUCCAGAGUUCACUGAAGAUCAAGCGGCACCUGAUGAGAAAAACAAAACAGAUCCAGGGGUCCAUGCCACCCUGAAGUCCCUCAGUAGUCAGAUUGAAACCAUGCGCAGCCCUGAUGGCUCAAAAAAACACCCGGCCCGGACCUGUGAUGACUUAAAGCUUUGCCAUCCCACAAAGCAGAGUGGUGAUUACUGGAUUGACCCUAACCAGGGAUGUGUUGAAGAUGCAAUCAAAGUUCACUGCAACAUGGAAACAGGAGAAACCUGUAUUUCAGCAAACCCAUCCAGUAUACCACGUAAAACCUGGUGGACAAGCAGAUCUCCUCACCAGAAGCCUGUUUGGUAUGGUCUUGAUAUGAAUAGAGGGUUUCAGUUUGUUUAUGGAGAUCACCAGUCACCUAAUACAGCCAUUACUCAAAUGACCUUCUUGCGCCUUUUGUCAAAAGAAGCCUCACAGAACAUUACAUACAUCUGUAAAAACAGUGUAGGGUACAUGGAUGAUCAAACCAAGAAUCUCAAGAAAGCUGUGGUCCUCAAAGGGUCUAAUGACUUAGAAAUCAAAGGAGAAGGAAACAUUAGAUUCAGAUAUACAAUUCUUCAAGAUACUUGCUCUAAACGAAAUGGAAAUGUGGGCAAGACUGUCUUUGAAUAUAGAACACAGAAUGUGGCACGCUUGCCCAUCAUAGAUCUUGCCCCUGUGGAUGUUGGUGGCACAGAUCAAGAAUUUGGCAUUGAAGUUGGGCCAGUUUGUUUUGUGUAAAGUAAGCUGAGACACACCAACAAUGACCACAACCACCACCAUCGAUGACCAUCACCAUUCACAAGAACUUUGACUGUUUGAAGUUGAUCCUGAGACUCUUGAAGUUUUGGCUGAUCCUGAAUCAGCACUGUAUAUAUGGUCUUAAGUGCCUGGCCUCCUUAUCCUUCAGAAUAUUUAUUUUACUUACAAUCCUCAAGUUUUAAUUGAUUUUAAAUAUUUUUCAAUACAGAAGUUUAGGUUUAAGAUGACCAAUGAAAAUGACCACCUUUAAAAAAAAAAAAGUAAACUGAUUGAAUAAAUAAAUCUGUUUUCUUCAAUUUA